AUGGCCGACAAACUACGCGCUCAGCAACAGCUCGAAGCCCUACAAGCCCGCUACGUCGGCACAGGCCACGCGGACACCACAAAGUUUGAAUGGACCUCAAACAUCGCGCGUGACACGUACUCGAGCUACAUCGGCCAUCCUCCGAUGCUCGAGUACAUAUCGCUAGGCAUGGGACAGCCGCGGGAGAAGGUUCGGGCACAGAUGAUUGACAAGAUGAUACAACCUGUUGGGAAGCCGCCAGCAGUGCAAGAUUGA